AUGUCGCACUUCAUCCCCCUAGUAGCAGAAACGACCGCGCAGGAUUUAGCGAAGAUAUUCCUCGGUCAAAUCUGGCGACUCCAUGGGCUGCCUCUUGAUAUAGUUUCCGACAGAGAUGCCAAGUUUACUUCAAGCUUUUGGGCAUCCCUUAUGGAAUUGUUGGAUGUGAGAAUAAGAAUGA